AUGCAGGAUAGUAGUGUCGAACAUAGUCGUGGCGGUAGCUGUGAUGUUUACUCCGUCAUCACGAGAGCCCAUGACCUUGCCGUCGACCAACCCACCAAGCUCCACAUCUCCACCGACGAACGAUCGCGGUUCAACCCGCCGCUCCCCAUCGGUUACCUCGGAACGACGUCUUCCCCGCGACACCCACGGCGGAGGCAGGGGAAUUGGUCUCCAUGGAGAAUUUCAGGAAGAAGGUCUACGAAGUGGAUGGGUGAAGAAGAAGAAGAAGAAGAAGAAGAAAAGGGGAAUUUGAUUCUAGGUUGGGGUUAA